AUGUUACACAGACCCUCAUCAUCUCCAAUACGACCUGUUUCUUAUAUUGACGUACCAAAAAUCACCCAUUAUCAACAACAGCAGCAGCAACAAUGGUCUCAAGAGCCAUUAAUCUCACCAUCAAUCCUUCCAUUUGAACUCGGAUCAACGAUAGAGGAUCCCGUUCGUGGAUCAAGUUACACUUUAAUUCAGCUGCUUGGUAAUGGUUCUUAUGCGGUGGUUUAUAUGGUACUCAAUAAAAAGGAUAAUAAAUAUUAUGCCUUGAAGUGUCUUUCGAAAGCCAAUCUUAAUGAAUAUUAUUUAGCAAUUCAACAGAAUGAAGUAUUAAUUCACGAAAAAGUUAAUGGACAUCCUAAUCUUGUACACCUACAUCAUACAUUUGAAACGCCUGAUUGGCUUUUCCUUGUCAUGGAAUAUUGUGAAGGUCAAGAUCUGUAUUUUUGGCUUACGAAGAAUCAAGACUACAAAGACGCUAAAACAGGGCGACAGUACACAGAAAACGAACGUCUCGGGCUUAUCAAACAGGUCUUUAUGCAAAUACUUGAAGCAGUUGGCCAUUGUCAUAACAAUGGAAUCGCUCACCGGGAUUUGAAACCGGAAAAUUUCAUUGUCACCGUUGAUCAUGAAAGUGGCAAUGUACUUGUGCAACUGACUGAUUUUGGAUUAGCUACGGAUGAACUGGAAUCGACUGAUUUCGAUUGUGGGUCAAAACCCUAUAUGAGUUACGGUAUGAUGUGA